AUGUCGAAAGCGCCACAGACGCUGUCGGUCAAGCGCAAGCGCACCGAGGCGCCCGUCGACUCCCUCAUCUUCGACGACAGCGUGAAGCGACAGAGAAGCGAGGCCGACAUCUUCUUCCGACGCCUCACGAAGCCCGGCGACACACGGCAGUCCGGCGCCGCGACGCCCACCGCCGAGCGACGCUUCCACCUCGACCCGGUCUCGCGCGCGCGGUCGAAGCACGUCUUCGUCGAGCGACGAGCCGCAACCGAGCCCAGCACGCCCUCCAGCGAACCCGCCACCGCCGUCCAAGCAUCCUCCCACCCAGAGCCCCCGCGCCCCCGGAAACGCCCCGGCACGCGCGCUGCCUCGACCGCCGCCCGCUCGACGCCCGCCGCCCGCACGGCGCACCACACACAGCCCGCCGAGCACCAUGUGCGCGAACUCGAAGCGCUCAGCCACCGCCUCGCGAGCGAAGAGCCUGCCGCCCCGCACAUGUCGCCGUCGAAGCACAAGCCCCGAGCACCAACGCGCCGCUUCGCCGAGCGCGAGCCCGAGAAAGCCGCGGCCCUGGCUGCCCGAGACGGCGACGGCGAUGCCAUGGACCUCGACGCGGACGAGUACGUCAUCGACACGUACGUGCGGGACGUGCUGCGGCCGGACGAGACGGGCAAGCUGCCGACGGCGCACGGCAGCGUGGGCUAUCUGGUGCUGGCGGACGAGGACGAGGCGUGGUGGAACGGCGGCGACGAGUCGGAUCGGGACUUUGCCACGGACGACGACGACUCAAACGCCGAGGAGUACUAUGCGAACGACUACCCCGAGGACGAGCUGAGCGACGACGACGAGUUCAAUCGCGAUCCGUACAAGCCGACCCACCGGCGCGGGAGCGAUGAGGAGGAGUUCGAUGCAAACGACAGUGCAGACGAUGUCAUUGGGAGCGGCGAGGACGAGGAUGAUCAGCACUACAAGAUGACGGUUCCCAAGGCGCAGAGGACGGGCUACUGGGGCAUGACGGGGCAGUGA